AUGGUCGCCAUGAAAACAUUCGUUUGGAACUGUCAAGGCAUUGGGGGUGGCUUGAUAGUUUCCAGUUUGAAGGAGCAAGUUCGGCUCCACACCCCCGAUAUAGUGGUACUUCUAGAAACCAAAACUAGGAGGCACCGCUAUGAAUACCUGAAGAGGCAAUUAGGCAUGGAAUUUUUGUUUGCGGUGGAACCGCGUGGACUCAGUGGAGGUUUAUGUAUGUUUUGGCGUGAUUUUCAACAGGUGGAACUAAUUAAAUAUGCCGAUUUUUGUAUUGAGGCUUUGCUUUAUGAUCCUGAUUUACAGCUUAAAUGGAUCAGACGCUGUCCUGAACCAUGCUUAUGUUUGGGAGAUUUCAACGAUAUCUUGGAGGCUACCGAGAAAAAGGGAGGCAACCCCCGUUCAGAAAGGAGUUUGGCGGACUUCCAGGCCUUUGUGACUGAUGUUGGCUUUCUGGACUUGGAUUUUACAGGUUAUCCCCAUACAUGGCGAAAUAGACGGGAGAAUGGUUUGAUCCAGGAGAGACUUGAUAGAGGUCUCGCCUCUGAACCUUGGCUUCGGAAUUACCCGGAAGCUCGAGUGAUGCAUGUGGCCUUGGCGGGUUCAGACCAUGCGGCUCUUCUGCUUACUACGAAACCUUCUACCACCCGUUGGCACCGCAGAUUUGUUUAUGAUUCACGGUGGGGUCGUCAUACCCGAUGCAAAGAUGUUGUAUCAGAAAGAUGGCAGAAGUAUUUUCCAGGGUCCCGGGGAGACCAACUUAUUGGGAAACUAGGCUGGGUGCGGACAGGUCUUGUCCAGUGGACCUCAAGGAUGCUCUUCGCAAGAAGGAGCUCUACUGGAAGCAAAAAUCACGCAUACAAUGGUUGA